GGCACCAUCCAGAAGAUGGCGUUACAUCCCAGUGCACAUUCGCAGCCUAUAUCUCACGUUAAUUGCGAGUCCACGCUUUCACGGAUUCUGCGAGGGUGGUCGUGUGGUGUACGUAGACACGGCCUGGCACGUAAUUCCGUGGAUUUCUCAAUCGUUACCAUGUCCUCAGGCAAAAAGAACAAGAAGAAGAAGGGGGUGACCGUCGACCUGUGGUCAUUCUUGGCUGACGGAAACGGGCCGACCCCUAAUAUUCCUCUAAAAUCGUCUAAUUGGGCAGAUGAUGUAGAGGACGAUCAUGAAGGAUUUUCAUCAAGGAGUAGCAAAGAUCCAGUUGUAUUGCCGACUGCUCCAAGGGCUGCACGAGGACCAGGGAUUGACGAGGAAAAUAUUCCUACAAAUCCUCCUUAUGUAGCCUACAUAAGUAAUCUGCCAUAUGAUGUAGAUGAAACAGACCUGGCAGAUUUCUUUGCAGAUAUGAAGAUUUCAAAUAUGCGUUUGCCAAAAGACGCAAAUAAGAUCAAGGGUUAUGGUUAUGUCGAAUUCGAGGAUCGUCAGAGUUUAAUUGAUGCUCUUUCUAUGACAAAUACGACGAUUAAGACGAGACGAGUGAGAAUUGAAGUCUCGAAUAGCAGUAAUGAUGAUCGUCGAGGCGGUAGGAUGGGUAGAGAUAGCCGUAGGGACAAUUACGAUGAUCCAGAGCGCACGUCCGGCGACUGGAGAAGCGGACCGCGUGAGGAUUUGUCGGACGGAGAUUCCUAUCGCAGUCGGUACGAUAGAGACCGGUUUGACAACAGAGACCGGCGAGAUGACAGGGAAAGACACGAUUACGAUAACAAGCCAGGUGCGUGGCGUGAGAGAGACAGCAAUGAUAAAGGAUCUACUUUUAAAGAGAGGAGCAGCUUUAGAGAUGACAGCAGGGACAGAGACAGGGACUGGAAUCGUUUUGGUGAUAGAGGGAGAAGCAGAGACAGGGACGGGGACAGGAGCAGCAGUUUCGGGCCACGUCGUAAUUAUGGUGAUUCUGAUUGGGAUCGCGAUCGUCGGCAAGAUCGAGACGCGAAACCUGCGCCCGAGACACGGCAAAGACCGAAAUUGAACCUACAACCUCGCACGAAACCCGUCGAGCCUAUCGUAGUUGCGGAAGAUAAGGAUUCGACAGGUAAGGAUCCGGCAGAUAAUGAUUCGGCAGGUAAGGAUACCACAAUGGAAUCGAAAUCAACGACGAGUACGGAAUCGACUCAACGAGCACCAGCUGCCACGCCCGUGCCAGCGGCCAAUAUUUUCGGUGCUGCGAAACCUGUAGAUACCACUGCCCGUGAACGAGAGAUAGAGGAGCGUCUCGCCAAGUCUUACGCGGAAUCACGUUCUCGAGAAGAGGCGGAGACUAAGGAUCGUAGAGACGGCACUUGGGGUCGACGUAAUGGCGAAGGGCGGGACGACCGAGACAAGGACAAGGAGAAGGACAAGGAGAAGGAGAAAGAGAAAGAGAAAGAGAAGGAGAAAGAGAAAGAGAAAGAGAAAGAGAAAGAGAAGGAAAGAGGGCGGCCGGCUUGGCGAUCAGAAGAAGACAGAGGUGCUCGGGUUGAGAGAUCCGCGCCACGAUCUCAACCAACUCCCACUUGUGCUGUAGAAGAGCAAAGUGGAUCGAAAACAUCGCCAGCUUCGCGCUCUGGACCACCGAUAUCCAAAGGACCUCAGAAAUCCGUUGAGAAGGAUACUCGUGCGGCAGAAAAGGAUCGUAGAGACAAAGAGAAAGAUGAAAUCAGUAGAAUGCCGAAAGCUAAGGACGAACAAGCUCCAAAUUUUGUAGCUUCCAACAAAUAUUCCAUGCUACCUGAUGAUGUGGAUCCCGACAAUAUCGAUGAAUAGUCUUAAUUGAUUACAAUUUGCAUCACACACCGACUAAAUUGUGCCACAUGCAACACAAUUAUGCGUAUUAUUAUAUAUAAUUUGUUUUACUUCUACUAUUGCAUGGAUUUGUCGUAAGCCAGGCGUUGCGCUAUUGGUAUUACUUUACUGGAAUUAUUGUUGAUUUGUAUUUAAUCUCUAUAUUUUAAUAUUCUCAAUAUAACUAUAUUUCUAUAUCAACUUAUAUAUAUUUACUUUACACAUUUCGGCACGAAAAAUUUUGGCAUUGUUAAGCUGCAAUGUCGCAAAUUUCUCGUGAUCGCCGAAUAGUCACAUCAAACUUUUUGUAUGAUUCCAAGAAUAAUUACACUGUAUAUGAGGUGUAGCUAUUGGAACUUUAUAUAUCAUACUUAAUCCACUGUACAGUAAUUGUACGAUAUGUGACUCGUUUACAUGUAAUAUAACAAUGCCAAUAUAGAAGGAAAUUAAAAUAAGUAUAUGGGAAUACACAAAUAUAUAUAUA